AAGUAUGUAAGAAGAAAUUAGAAUCACAGGCUGAUUCACGUGAGGAACCAAUCGAAAAAGUUGCAUCCAUGGCGGGGACGGAAGGCCUUCAAUUUCACGUUUUCUGUUGAGUGUUUUUGCAAUAAAAUAAAAAAGAAAAUCACCACUGCAUUGGCAAUUGGAUUCGUCAGAAAAGGAUUAAAAAAGGCGAUUUGGGAGUGAAAACGCGGUUUUGUUUGGGGGGUUUGAAUUUAACAAGAGGAUGAAACAGCUACACAAGCAAACGAGUCUGAACCACAGAAGGGAGGAAGAGAUGGGGAGUAGCGAGACCCCACCGUAUUCCCCCAAAUCCAUAAAGCACACCAGAUCCCUCCCCAGAUCCAUCAGCUACCUCUUGCGAGAGCAGCGUCUUCUAUUCAUUCUCGUCGGAAUUCUCAUCGGCUCUACCUUCUUUAUAAUUCAGCCCACUCUCUCCCGCAUAGGCCCACCCGAGGCCCAUUCCUUCGUCCCCAGAUCCACUGGGCUCACCCGCUUCGAGGCUGGGUCUGGCCCGGCCCGAGUAGGCCGCGUCCCCGUCGGCAUCGCGAGCAGGCGGUUGAGGAUCGUCGUCACCGGUGGGGCAGGGUUCGUAGGGAGCCACCUGGUCGACAAGUUGAUCGCGCGAGGGAACGAUGUUAUCGUGAUCGAUAAUUUCUUCACUGGGAGAAAGGACAACCUGGUGCACCUGUUUGGGAACCCUAGGUUCGAGCUUAUUCGCCACGAUGUGGUGGAGCCGAUUCUGUUGGAGGUGGAUCAGAUCUAUCACCUUGCUUGUCCUGCAUCGCCGGUGCACUACAAGUACAACCCUGUCAAGACUAUCAAGACGAAUGUGAUGGGUACUCUUAAUAUGUUGGGACUUGCAAAGCGAAUUGGGGCUAGGUUUCUGCUUACUAGUACUAGUGAGGUUUAUGGUGAUCCGCUGGAGCAUCCCCAGAAAGAGACCUACUGGGGGAAUGUUAAUCCAAUUGGUGAGAGGAGCUGUUAUGAUGAAGGGAAGCGGACUGCAGAAACCCUCACCAUGGAUUAUCAUCGAGGUGCAGGCGUUGAGGUUCGUAUUGCACGAAUUUUCAACACAUAUGGACCCCGCAUGUGUUUAGAUGAUGGGCGUGUUGUCAGCAAUUUUGUUGCACAGGCUAUCCGUAAACAGCCAUUGACUGUAUAUGGCGAUGGGAAGCAAACUAGAAGUUUCCAAUAUGUCUCUGAUUUGGUUAACGGGCUAGUGGCUUUGAUGGAGGGUGAGCAUGUGGGACCUUUCAAUCUGGGUAACCCAGGGGAGUUUACCAUGUUAGAGCUUGCCCAGGUUGUCAAAGAAACAAUUGAUUCAAGUGCUACAAUAGAAUACAGACCAAAUACUGCUGAUGAUCCACAUAUGAGGAAGCCAGAUAUUAGCAAAGCAAAGGAACUACUGAACUGGGAGCCAAAAGUUUCACUGAGAGAAGGAUUGCCUCUUAUGGUUAGUGACUUCCGGAAUCGGAUUUUGAAUGAAGAUGAAGGAAAAGGGAUGAAAUAAGCUUAGUAGCAAACCCUGUACGUAUGUGGAGAUGAGUGCAUCUCCCCUUCAUUUUUUCCUCAUCUACGGUUAACAUCCUCAGAAAAUUCUGAUAAUAUGUCACUUUUGUAAGGUGUCUGCUGGCCUUCUACAUUUAGUCAUUUAUGCUUGCUUUUAGCACACAAUUGAUGUAUUUGUUAAAUUUUGAAAAAGAAAUCUUUCCAGCAGUUUUCUUUUCUAUUGUAUUGAUAAAAGUGGUAGUAUUUGAUAUUUGGAUUCUGGUAUAAUGAGAAUGGAAUUUUUCUUUCUGUAGAAAGUCGUGAAUCUUAAAUAUUUUAGUUUUUUAUUUCAAUAUUUAAAAAUUGACAUUAUAU